GUACCCACAGUAUCGGGAUGAUGAGGGACGAACGUUGCUGCACCUGGCUAUUCGGCAGAACCUUUUCGACGCUAUAGAGGGUGACAUUGCCUCCGCCGCUGUGGACGCCCGUGUAUAAUUGAAAAAACAACUUAGAUCUUACUAGGGAUAGAAUUUGUGAAUUAAUGGGACUGCUCCAUUACUUAGGACAAGAAUGGACGGACCCCCUUGAUGGAGGCAGCUGAAAGAGGAUACAGUCUCAUUUGCGAAGAAUUGCUGGCCAACGGGGCAUCAACAUCGACCGUAGCGUCGGAUGGAAGCACGGCGUUGACGAUUGCUCUUCAAAGUAACCACUUGCUUGUGUGUCAAGUUCUGGUGGCGGUGGACCCCGACCAAGCUGUACAGCGACUGCUGAUGGCAAUCAACAUGGACAGAAGAGAUGAAGUGGUGCUGCUUGUGAAAGCUGGUGUGUCGCUUGAUAUUACAAGGAUGACUGGAGGAGAAGAGAGAAAUCCACUUAGAGAAGCUACUUCACACCCGUUGAUUCUUCGAGAACUCCUUCGGUUUAAAGCGCCUGUGAAUGCGAAGAACAAAGCAGGAGCUACGGCUCUGACCUUCGCUGCUGCAGCUGGACAUUUGAAAGCGUGUGAGAUCUUGCUGGAUAACGGAGCAUCACUCAACUCGAAGGACAAUGAAGGGCGAACUCCAAUGUAUCAUGCCUGUUGUUACGAAAGAGAGAGUACAAUCGCUCACUUUGUCCAGCAGCUUGGUGUCUCUGUCGAUACAAUGAACAACAAAGGCCGGACUCCCCUGUUUUAUCAUGCUGAGCGUGGAAAUGUGCUUGGAUGUGAACUGCUACUUCGAUAUCAUACCAAUGCAAACCACAAGGACAUGUCUGCGUGGACUGCUAUUCAUCUAGCUGCCAGUUAUGGACACAAGGAAGUGUGUAGACUUCUCUUGGGCUAUGUGAUCCCAGCAGAUAUGGAGCGAGAUGACCAGCAGAUGGUGCUAUGUCGACCUACGUCCUCUAUAGGAAGCUGGAUCUCGGUGACGGAGACGUGCUUGAUGCGGAUUUACGCCAAGCUCAUGUCGUCUGGAGUGCAAGCAACUCUGCAAAAGUAUGGGACGCUGAGGAUACGAGACUGCAGUAUGAACACUUUGCUCCACGUUGCAGCGUCCAGUGCAGGUGACAAACACUGCUACUACAUCAUCCGAUGUCUUCAUUUGGUCGGAAAUAUCGCUAUCAACACUCAGAACUGCUUCUGUGAGACGCCUCUCGAUGUCGCGGCAGAUCGACAAUGCUCCAUGGCAUCGUCUGCGCUUCAAUCACUUGGGGCUGUGCAGAUAUCCAGCGAUAGCGAGAUAUUCCCCAGUGUGAUUCAACUAGCGGCUCCACGCAAUGGUCCCAUGUUCCGCACAGUGGUGGGUUCGUCCAAGGACUUUUCUUCUUGCUCGUGCGACCAUAUAGUCCAGUUAUGUCGGGGCAUUCAGGAUGGAAUUUACUCCUUCACCGACGACACCAUCGCUCAAGUGGACACUGAAAGAGAAGACACUGUCUUGCACUAUUUUCUCCAAAGUUUCAUCCAGCGUGCUUCAUUCCCGUCAGUGGAGGAGCAACGCGAUGUGCUCAGCUCAUCCGAGUGGCUCGGGACGACGGAAGCGCCCCGUUAUUUACGCGUCCUAAUAACGAAGCCGAACUGGGAAGGUAAAACGCCCUUGCACGUGGCCGCAGAAGUAGGAGCCUUGGGCUUCUGUGAAGUGCUGAUUGAGCUGGGAGCGUCGGCGAAAGAAGAGUGCCAAGCGCCAGAUAAUCGUCUUCUUGACCAGCCAACCGAGAAUCUUCAAUUUUGGAAACCUAUUAACUUUGCGGCGACAGUAAAAGCUUCUCUUGAUGAGGCACAGGCUUCGUAUGAAGAGCGUAGUGCACUGGUUGAGUAUUUGCUGAAGGAGCCCGACUCCUUACCCGAUGACGAGAACGCGGCGCAUGACUGCAAGGAGAAGAUACAAAUGCACUUCCCACUUCUCCUCCCUCUGUUUAUCCGAGUCGAAGACGACAUGAAGCACAAGGAGGACUAUGCAGAAGCUGAAGAGCUGUAUUUCAAGUUCUUAGAUGAUUGCUACACUCGGUUCCAAGACUCGACAGUGUAUGAAAACGACCCAAGUGGCAUUGCUGUACACAAUGUCUUCUUAAACACGAUUAGGUUCGGAAUCAAGAGUCUUAAGAAGGUGAUUGCACCACAGUUCGUGAUCGAGUCAACAGGAGACACUCUACUCCAUCUCCUUGCGGUCCACGGACACCCCAAGUUCGCCGCCAUGAUCAAGUUUUUAGUUGCCGACGCGCAGCUUGACAUCAACAAAACAAACAAGCAGUUGAAGACUGCGCUGCAUGUUGCGGUUGAGCACAACAUGCCAGAUAUUUGUCUGUUCUUGAUUGCUCAAGGUGCCGACGUGACAGCUUCGUGUCAGAAUCUCGAGACUCCGUCCAAAGAAGUGUGGCUGACACCUUUGUACACAGCGCUGUGGUCUGCUACUCCCAAGUACGAGAUCAUUGAGAUUCUGCUCAGUACGCCGCAGUCUAUUGCUAAGCCACGCAACCCCAAGUUUAAUCGCUCCGUACGCUACGAGCCUGGACAAGGACCAGACAUCAAGUGGAACGGCGUCGUCCUUGAGAAAUUACUGGAAGUUCAUGCGUCAGCCUUGCCACUCUUCUUGGACCAUUACGCAGUGGAAGUGAAUCGAAUCAACGGCGAGAAAGUGUACCGAUUUAUCGAGGUGUUCGAGAUCUGUGACUAUUUAGAGCAGAUUGUGAACCCCACAGGGACAUUAACGCCAAGUCUUUCGUCCAAGAAGACGAUCAAGAACUCGGCAGUGACCCAUCCCGUCGUCCGGAACGCCAUACACUUAAAAUGGGAGCUUUUCGGGGCGCACACGCACCGCAAACAGCUCUCUCUGUACGUGCUGAUGGUCACGUUCUUCUACCUGUCGAAUCUUUUGCUGCCGAAGAUGGAAAUUGUCGUGGAUGAGGACGGCAAAAAGCGGGAAUCGAUGCACAAAUGGAUCGAGUUCGACUCGGUCGUCGACUAUUUCGUGGGUAUCACCAAGGUUUGCUGUUGGGCGCUGGCUGUCUAUCAUCUUCUGUACGUCGAAUUCUUCAAGGAGUGGCGUUCCAACCCAAGGCAAUACUGGAGAUCCGUGUGGAACGUUCUGGAUGUGUUCACGUACUUGUUGAUGCUCGCUACGAUCCCGUUUGAAGUCUAUUCGGGUCAUGAUACGCAGCGAGAGUGUAUGUUGAGUCUGCUAAGUAUCCUGCUGUGUGUGAAUCUGAUGCAGGCGCUGUUGGUAUCGUCGUACUUCAGUGUGCUCAUAUUCACGUUCGCUCGGAUGUUCAAGGUGGUCGCACGGUUCCUGUUCCAGUAUCUGCUGCUGCUCUUGGGCUUCUCCGGUGGAUUGUUUCUGCUCUUUCACGGAGCUGGGCCCUACACGGACUUCUUCAGUGCCGUGCGGAUUGUGUUUCUUACCACGUUUGGCGAGCUGAAUUACGGCGAUAACUACAGCUUCGACGACAGUCUCCGAGCACGGAAUUACUUGGCAUUUCUACUGCUAACAACAUACGUGAUCGUGGUGAUUGUUGUCGCUAUGAAUCUCUUGAUCGCUUUGAUGACGUCUGAGUAUGAGAAGGUUCGUACUCAAGCGAAGGAAUUGUCAUUACUGGAGCUCGCGGGUGCUCUGCAUCGUUACGAGCAGUGGAUCGGAUACAGUGUCGUGCGGAAGCUCUACUCGACUCCUAGAGGCCAGCAGCUUAUUGAGAGCUGCGUCUCCCACGUUCCUGGAGUACAACAGCGUCGAGUCUUCUAUCGCCGCGACAUGACGUCGUCUGUGUCUUCGUCGUUCUCAGAGGUCACAGCCAAUGCAUACGGCGUCCAGGACACUCAACGCAGCAAGAUUGACGCUUUAAACUACUCACUUUUCAGCAAAGGCAACGCCGUGGAUAGUAUGGAGAUGGACAGUAUCACGGAGGCUAUUACGACGCAAGUCAUGAAGCACGUACACGACGAAGUGGAGGCUCUACGAAUGCAGGUAGCGACGGAGCUUCAAGACGUUCGGGAGCUGCUAGAGACGGCGCAUAAAGGCAACGCACUCGCGCAGAAGGACGUGGCUAGUAAACUCGUCGACGUGUUAAAGUUGCUUGCGAAGGAUGAGAAGGCAUCGAAAUGA